AUGUCGACUGGAGCAUAUCAUCACGCCAUUAUCCUGUCUCCUGCUGUUUAUGCAAGACACUGUUAUCCCGAUAAUGUGAGUAAUGACUCAUCAUACUGGAAGCAUGAAGAUGCAGCAAGACACCUGUCCAAUCAUAUUAUGAACAAAUAUCCUAACCUGAAUGUCUUAUGUUUAAGUAAUUCAACCUACUUAAAAAAUGAACUAUGGUCAAAUCCAACAAGAAUAAAUGCUUGUCUGUUCUCUCAAGCUAGUCGUAUACUUUUAUUUAUACCAGAUGAUGCAAGUGAGCAUAUCACCCAUUUUACACGUCAUUGUCUACAACCAUUGUUAUGUAAUUCACGUGAACAAGGUGGCAGACCAGAAUGGCAUUCACGCUUUGUCGCUGUAGCUAUUGGUAGUGUACAAGUACCGAAUCAAUUGAACUCAGACAUACCAUUUAUAAAUGUGAUACGAUUUCGUGAAAUCGGCUGGUUUCGAGAUAUUAUGGGAAUGAUGCUACUUGAAAGGUCAAUUAAAGACUUUUGGAUUCCUGAUGCAAUGAAAGAGAUGGCAACACAGUAUAACAGCUUCAAACAGUCAAAUAUGGUAUCAAUCAAAUAUAGCUUAAAUGAAAUAGUUGAAACAACCUCAGUUGUAGGUAUAACAACACGUGUUACUGGCAAAAUGGACAUGAAUGAAUUGGAUGAACCACAUUCACGUCAGAGAUCUAAAUCUCCACCCAAAAACAAGUAUACUGACCAGAUUCAAUAUAAAAAUGGAUUUAGUGAAAGUAAAAGUCGUAGUUGUUCAUCAAUAUCUGAGAGAAACACCUCAAAAUCUCAUCGUCGUCUAAUAAAACCAGAAUUUGAGGCUGAACAGUUACAAGAGAAUAUUUUGGAAACACGUUUAUUCGGAACUAUUGGACGGGUGGUUCCAGUUCCAAUUAAGAAUAAAAUAAUUAAUGAACAGGUUCCCUUUGAAAUGAAUGAAUAUAAUGAUCAAACCUCCAAAAUUAUCAAGAAAUUGCAUCCAUUAGAACCACUAAAAGUUGAUAUAAGAGAUUCAAGCCCAGCACAAAAGAUAAACACUCUUUCAAAAUCAGAUUUUGAAAUGACUUGUACCAAACAACUGGAUGAUGUUGCAUCAAUUAAAGCUGAAGAUAACCGUUCAGAUAAUCCUAUAACUUCGGAAAAUACAAAAUCUCCAGUUUCAUCAAUAAUCCCAAAUACUACAGUAAAAUAUCUGACUGUGGAGUCACAUACAAAGGACCCGCCAAAAGCGACAAUUAAAACAACAAGUGAACAAUCUAAAUCAUCCUUAAAUUAUAGUGAUAUUCCAAUGAUUGAUGAAGAGAUAGUGGAUGAAAUCAAACCAGUUCCCGUAUCAGUAACAACAACAGUAAUGAAGACAAGGACAACAGUGUCGCCAACAACACCUAUAUCAACACAUUCGAUACCUAGUAGGGCAAGAAAAGACAUUCAUACUACAAAACACAAAAUAACAUAUGAAGAAACUUUCACAUCCCAUGAAGAAACAAUCAAAACCACAACUAGUGACAUCGGUAAUGUUAAUCAAGGCACUAAUAACUCUAACACAACUGCAAACAACACUAUCAGUAAAAGACGUUGGUUUAGCGGUGGUAAUGACGAUGCCUUGUCAGGAGAAAAUAAAAAUCUUGGAGCAUCAUUUGUGAUUGCCCAGCCAUCUACAGAAGAUGCAACACCAAGAAGCAGACACAAUUCCAUCUCUUCUUCAAAACCUAUCCAUAUUAUAAAUGUGAGCAGUACAAAGUCAGUUGGACCCAAAUCGAACCAAUUUUCUAUAUGCAAAACAGAUAACAAUAAUAGAACGAUAAAUAUCUCAUCGAGGUCAAGGGAAACAAAUCCUAAUGUCUCUGCAUCUCGAUCGAAUUCAACUUCUCCUCAUAAGAGGAAAGCACUUCGAAGUGCUGUCGGUAGUCCAUCUAGGUCAUUUCAUCGAACACGAAAAUCUUCAAGUCCGUGUCACAAAAGAAUAGUAAGAAUUUACGCGUCUACGCCAUUCGGUAAAUUAGACAAUAUGAUGUCUGAUGCUCAGACGCAAAUGAUAUCUCCACUGGCUACAGGUGAUUUUACUGAUCACUGUGUAACAUGCUACGCCUUGACUGGUUUACAGUACCGACAAAAGCUAGAUAUGGAUAGCCAUAAUAUCACUAAUAAUAAUAGUAAUCCAUAUAAAUCCUGUUCUUCACUGGCUAUUUCAAAAGAAAUUAAUAUUUGGACUGGACCGGAUUCAGCAGAAACCUAUCGUCUAGAACUGCUACUUAACAGUGAAAUUCUAACAGAUCAAGAGGUAUCAAUAAAACCUGAGUGUAGUUUAGAAACUGUCACUAAAAGACAAAUAACUCUAUUACACUCCGAUAAUAAAAUUGAAGAACUAUCACACCAAGUAUCUGUUCUAGGUCUACGGAAUAUGAAGAAUGGCGAUGAAACAGAUUAUAUGACAUGGGAGCUGCUUGGAAUUUUCAUCUUUACAUUUAUCACUCUAAUGUUAUCAUUGACAGUAGCUUUCAUUUGUUUAGAUGGCAAACCUUGUAAUUUUGGUAAUUUUUUAAAACAUACCUUUGACUUCUUUAAACGUAAAUAA